AUGGUUGGGCUGUGGUGCGAGUAUGUGCAGUGGGCGGAGAAGAACGUAUCGAAAUCGGAACAUGAAGCCAACGUGCUGGCACGUGCUUGUUAUUCUCUCACAGGCGAUCCUGCGCUGAAGGAUGAUAUUCGGUAUUUGCGUUUGUGGAUCAGACAUGCAGCGCUGCUGCCGAAUCCAGAUCAGGUCUUCGAGUUUCUUGAAAGAGAAGGAAUUGGAACUUGCCAUGCACUGUUUUACGAAGCGGCCGCUGCAAACCUGGAGCGGCAGCAUAAGUUCCAGCAAGCUGAAGAUGUGUAUGUGGAGGGAAUUGAUCGCGGAGCUCAGCCUCAGCACAGACUUCAGUGCCGUUUCCGUGAAUUCCAGCGGCGGAUGGCCAAACGCGCUGCUCGAGAAGGCCGGCAGAAGCAGCGUGAGCCGGUGGCGCAGGGUGAGGUGGCGCCUCUGUUGCUGCCGCCCACCGGGCCCGUCGAGCGAGAGCGAGAGGGGUUGCGGAGAGCCAGCAACCAGGAAGCGGUGCCUGCAUCCGCUGCAGACAUGAGCGCUAUGCAGAACAAGGAUUCUCAGCCCAGCUUCGAGCAGGAUUCCUGUUCACCAGCCCACAUGAACUCAGAGAACUCAGGGCGUUACAGCCAAGUACCCAGAUGGAGUUCAUCCACACUCCUGGAGGAUGAAGAGGAAGAGCUGCCGCUACACGACCAAGCGUUCAUAUCCUUUCUACCUCAGGGAGAUGACUUGGACGACGUUUCUGUCGAGGAGAUGCAGGCUGCACGGGUCUUGGCGCGCGACUUGUCUGCUCCGCCCCCGCGAGCACCAGAGAGAAAGUUGCCCGGACCCUUGGCCAACACGAUCAACGCGACCAACACGACUCAGGAACUGUCCAAUGGCUUGAGGGCACUGCUCUCAGAGUCGCGCUUCUCACGAGGUCGAUCAUCGGUUGGCUCUGUGUUCGAUCCGUUUGACGACCCAACAUACACAGCAGAGCUCGCACAGAAGGAAGUGCUUGAGUUGCUAGCAUGCGAUCCGCAUCAUGAGCCUGGCAGAAGAAAUUCGGUGCAAUUGAAACCGCUUGUCCGAGUUGGGCAGCGGUCAGCGAGAGGCGUUGCAGAUGCACCUGCCUGGACGGGUGGCUUUGAAAUUUUUGAUGAAGGCGACCCCGACCUUGGCAGCAGCUGA